AUGCCUUCUCAUUCGGAAAACAAGGCUGCCCCUCCCUCGUACGUGCUUUCGACACACUACCACUGCUCAAACACCCCCACAGUCCUCGCGGUGUCCCCCGAUACGACCUGGAUCGCGAGCGGCUUGGAGGACGGUACCAUCCUCCUCGUCCACUCACCCAACUCGCACAUCGCCCGCUACUACAGCGCAGACCUCCUCACCGCAUGGUGCAUUCACCGCAACCAGCCCACAGACGAGGAGCCGGAGCCCGCAGUCGUUCUCGAACCUCUCGCACCCGCCCACCACGGCCCUGCAUACAUCCUCUCUCCCCCAAUUCCCGGGCCCGCACACAUCCUCGCGCUGGCCUAG